UGAUUCUUGAUUUCAUUUCAGGUAAUUUUAAUGAGUGCUGUUUUGAAUGCCAAUCACAUUUUUUCAAAAGCGGUUAAAGCAGUUCUGUGUUUGCGUGCUUCUCUAUGCUUCUAACUUUUUCUUUUUAUUUGGCCACUUGUAAUGCUUUAGGAAAAAAAAAUUCCUUCUUCAAAAAGAAGUGUUUGUGUUUUAAAAAUCAUCAUCUAUACAUAUUUUUUUGGGGUUAUUUUCUAUAUCUCAAAUAUGGUCCUUCCUAUAUUCCUCUUUCUAAUUUUACUAUUUUAGAAAAUAAUUGACAUGAUUUACUUCUGGAUUUCCUCAGGGGCUGUUCCUUAUGAAUCUGGUGACCAUAAAAACACAGCAAUUACCUCGUGAUUUCCAUUUCGAUUCAAGCUUGAAAAACUCAGAGUGUUGAGAGAAGUGUGAAAAGAAAAAGAGAGUUGAAUUAAAAAGACAGAGAUGGGAUGUUCUACAUCGAAGUUGGAUAAUGAAGAGGCUGUCCAGCUCUGUAUGGAUCGAAAGAGGUUCAUUAAGCAAGCUGUUGAACAUAGGAUGCAAUUUGCCUCUGGACACAUCGCCUAUAUCCAAUCCUUGAAAAGAGUUUCUGCGGCUCUUCGUGAUUAUAUAGAAGGAGAUGAGCCUCGCGAGUUCCUAUUAGAUUGCUACAGAACGCCACCGCCUUUCAAACGAAGCGCUGGUGUCAUUUCGAUAUCACCAAAGUCGUUCUCAGUAACACCACUCCAAUUUGAAACCAAGUCAUCAUCUUUGAAGAUAAACUAUCUAAGGUCGGGUGGGAACCCAUCAGUUGCUGUCGAGGAGAGACCCCAAUCACCUGAAACAGUUCGUGUUGAAAUGUACUCCCCAAUGCACUCUUAUGGGACUGAUGGGUAUUUCGCAAUGCAAUCAUCUCCUAUGAAUUCUUCGUUCUUCUCUUAUUCUUCCCCUGGGCCUGCCAAUAGGCCUAAUUUUCCUCCCCCUUCGCCUCAAAAUUCCCAAUGGGACUUCUUCUGGAACCCAUUUUCAUCGUUGGACUAUUAUGGCUAUCCCACUAGGAGUAGUCUUGAUCAGACCAUCCUUGAUGAUGAGAUCUCAGGGCUAAGGCAGGUUCGAGAAGAGGAAGGGAUACCUGAAUUAGAAGAGGAAACUGAACAAGAAGAGCCUGAUAAAAAUGUACAUAUGCCAGAACAGAGAACUAAUAAUAUUGAUGUAAACUGUGAUAGAGAUGAAGUCAUAGUUGAAGAUGAUGAUGAUGAUGAUGAUGACAGUGAUGAUGGAACAGACAGUGGAACUGAAAACGAGCAUCAGGUGGAAGGGUUGCAAACUCAUGGAAGUCAAAGCAUAGAACUAUCAAAAUCACAAAAUGUGGGACAGGUUAGUAAUCAGGAAACUGCAAUUGGUGAUCGAGGAAAUAAUAAGGAAACACCGGGGUUUACUGUUUAUGUGAACCGAAGGCCAACAAACAUGGAAGAAGUUAUCAAGGAUCUUGAAGCUCAGUUCAUGAUUGUUUGUAAUGCAGCCAAUGAGGUUUCAGCAAUGUUAGAGGCUAGGAGAGCUCAGUACUUAUCAACAUCGAACGAACUCACAGCUGCGAAGAUGUUGAAUCCAGUAGCUUUAAUCCGCUCCGCUUCAUCUCGCUCAUCCUCAUCAAGAUUCUUAUUCAACACUUCAAGUUCCAGAGAUGAGGGUUAUGAAAGUAGUAGUGAUUUCUCUGAGGAGUCCUGUCUGUUUUCAGGUAGUCACCAGUCAACACUGGACAGGUUAUAUGCUUGGGAGAAGAAACUCUAUGAGGAAGUCCGGGCUGGAGAAAGGGUUCGCAUUGCAUAUGAGAAGAAAUGUUCACAACUAAGGAACCAGGAUGUUAAAGGAGACGAUCCUUCUUCUGUGGAUAAAACAAGAUCAGCCAUUAGAGAUUUGCAUACCCAGAUAAAGGUUUCAAUACACUCAGUUGAAGCUGUUUCAAAGAGAAUUGAAACUUUAAGAGAUGAAGAAUUGCAGCCUCAGCUUCUUGAAUUGGUAAAACGGUUAGCAAGGAUGUGGAAAGUGAUGGCAGAAUCUCAUCAAUUGCAGAAGCGGACUCUCGAUGAAGCCAAACUCUUACUAGCUGGCACACCUUCAAAACUGUCCCGGAUGAAUAAUAAGCACACCAUUAUGUCACCUUCUGAACCACACCAGCUCGCUCGUUCAGCUGCCAACCUUGAAAUCGAGCUACGAAACUGGCGAACCUGUUUCAAGUCAUGGGUUACAUCUCAACGAUCCUACGUAAAUGCAUUAAAAGGCUGGCUCCUUCGUUGCCUUCACUCUGAUGCUGACACAUCAAGUUUACCAUAUUCCUCUCCUCUUCGGUCCUCUGGGCCUGGGACCCCACCAAUAUUCGGAUUGUGCAUCCAAUGGUCAAAAUCCCUUGAUGCCAGCCGUGAGGUCCCAGUGCUCGACGGACUGGAUUUUUUCGCUGCAGGGGUUGGGUCUUUGUAUGCAAAACAGCUAAGGGAAGAUUCUAGAAGGACUCCAAUUGGGUCAAAGCGGUUCGGAGGCGGGGACGGGAACGGCAUGGAGGUGGUGGAGUUUGGGGAGUUGGAAGAGGAGGUGAUGAGUGCAGAGAAAAUGGCUGAAGUUGCCAUUAGGGUGCUGUGUGCUGGAAUGUCAGUGACUGUGAGCUCACUGACAGAGUUUGCUAUUGGUUCUGCUGAAGGAUAUGCUGAUCUAGUCAAGAAAUACAGUUUGGGUGAGACAGGGAUGUAAUUUGUGGUAUUUUGUUGGGUAGUUUGGUCAUUGACCCAUGUAAUUAAUUACAUAUCUAACUUAUUAGUAUUAUAUAUAGUGGUUUACCUUAGUUUCUUAUUUGAUUUGCUCUGUUUGGUUGGUUACCAAUAAGAGCAGUGAAAAUAAAAGAAAAUUGAAAAGA